AUGUCAGAAAAAAGUACAAUUGUUGAGCAAGAACAUAGCAGUAAUUUAUUGGAUAACACUGAUAUCACUUCUGUAGCUUCUACGCCUUCAAAUAAAAAUGAGACUGAUAUAACUCCUGAAGGUGAUCCCAAAACUGAGUCUGAAAAUGCCACCAAUAUAGCUGCCCCACCAUCUCCACCUGGAACAAACUGGGGUAUUUGUGUUUUAUGUUUAAUGGUUGCUUUCGGUGGGUAUAUAUCUGGUUGGGAUUCUGGUACUAUUGGCGGUUAUGAAUCUCAAACCGAUUUCUUAAAGAGAUUUGGUUCAAAAAGAAGUGAUGGUACUUAUUACUUAUCUAAGGUUAGGACUGGUUUAUUAACAUCCAUGUUUAAUAUAGGUAAUGCCAUUGGAUGUUUCUUUUUGGGGCGUUUAGGAGAUAUGUAUGGCCGUCGUAUAGGAUUAAUUGUUGCUGCCGUUAUUUUCAUAGUGGGAAAUAUCAUUCAGAUUGCUUCUAUUAGAGCUUGGUAUCAAUAUAUGAUUGGUAGAAUUGUUGCUGGUGUAGGAGCUGGUUUGAUUGCAAUUUUGUCUCCUAUGUUAAUAUCUGAAGUGGCACCAAAAAAUAGUAGAGGUGCAAUGGUUUCCUGUUAUCAACUGAUGAUCACUUUAGGUAUUUUCUUAGGUUACUGUACAAAUUUUGGUACCAAGAGAUACCAUAAUUCUACUCAAUGGAGAGUUGGUGUGGGUUUGCAAUUUGCAUGGUGUUUAUGUAUGAUUAGUGCCAUGAUGUUCGUCCCAGAAUCUCCAAGAUUUUUGGUUGAAAAGGGCAGAAUCGAAGAAGCUAAACGUUCAAUUGGUAGAUCAAAUGGUGUUUCUCCAGAUGAUCCAGUGGCUAUAUGGGAGUUAGAUGAAAUUCAAGUUGUCGUGGACAAGAGUAGAGCCGAGGGUGAAGCUGGUUGGCUAGAUUUAUUUAAUACAGAACACAAGAUUUUCCAAAGAGUUAUUAUGGGAAUUGCAAUUAUGGCUUUUCAACAAUUAACAGGUGCUAACUAUUUUUUCUAUUAUGGUACUACUAUUUUCAAAGCUGUUGGUAUGAAAGAUGGGUUUGAAGCCGCCAUUGUUUUUGGUGUUGUUAAUUUCUUCUCCACCUGUUGUGCAUUAUUGUUUGUCGAUAGGUUAGGAAGAAGGAGAUGCCUACUAUAUGGAGCUGCAGGCAUGAUUUGUUGUAUGGUUGUCUUUGCUUCCGUUGGGGUUAAAAGAUUAUGGCCCAAAGGUAAGAAGGCCGGUAUCUCUUCCCAAGGUGCUGGUGAUUGUAUGAUUUGUUUCUCUUGUUUUUUCUUAUUUUGUUUUGCUACUUCAUGGGCCCCAAUUGCUUUCGUUAUAAUUUCAGAAACUUUCCCAUUGAAUGUUAAGGCUAAGGGUAUGGCUCUAGCCAUUGUUUCCAAUCAAUUGUGGAAUUUUUGUAUUGGGUUUUUUACACCAUUUAUUUCAAAUUCUAUUAACUUUGCUUAUGGGUAUGUUUUCUUAGGCUGCAUAUGCCUGGCAUGGAUUUAUGUAUUUUUCUUUGUUCCAGAAACUAAGGGUCUAGUAUUGGAAGACGUUGAUAUAAUGUGGAGAGAGGGGACACUACCAUGGAAGUCUGCUUCAUGGAUCCCUCCAUCUGAGAGAGGGGCUAACUACGACGUCGAUGCCUUGGCUAACGAUGACUCCUCACCAUGGAGGAAAAUGUUUGGUAGAAAAUAA